UUUUCAGCUGAUAUUCACUCUUUGCUGCCCAUAAAGAAUAACAAAAUAGUAGCAGCUUCCAAUAAAUCAUCUCUUGUGGUAUAUUCUGUGGUGAGGCCUGCAGAUGAUUCAGAAAACCUAAAAAUAGUGGAAUUCAAGAGGCUUUCACCACACAGAGAAUCAAUAAGAUGCCUGAUCAGUGUGGCAGACUGUAUGUUUGCUUCUGCAUCAUUGGAUGGAGCCAUUGUCCUUUGGAGCUCUCAUAGUAUCUCCUACACACGUCAGUUUAACUUCGUUAAGAACUAUGAAGGGCCAAAUCACACAUAUCCUGCUAGUGCCCAGCAUGUGUUUACUGUAGAUCAGAGAUACAUUUUUGCUUCAAUUGGUCAUGGAUUUUUCCUCUUUGAUGCAAUGACAGGCAAUUGCCUCGCUAAAGUCCCAAAUGCACAUCAUGGAAAAAUAAUUCAUUCUGUUUUGUUAUGUGAUGGUUAUAUCCUGGCCACUUGCUCUGAGGAUGGUUCUGUUAAAAUUUGGGGUUCUCCCAAUCCUCUUUUAGUCUGUGAUGGCUCUGAGUUGAAACCCUUCACUUUGCAAGUAGAAAGAUUUCUUGGUAAAAGUAUUUCCGAAAUUCAGAAUUUAAAGACUCCCAUGAUUCCAGCUCUCCUUGGGGAGUGCCUUGCUCACACCGGUGCUAUAAAUAUGGCAGUUGAUCUUGGCGAGGAGGGCUUUGCAUCAUGUGGUUGUGAUGGCCUUGUUGUCCUAUGGAAGGAUGGUGUGUUGGAGAAGAAAAGAAGAAAUGAAAUGGUUCGAAACAUACUGUUAUCAAUGGAUAAUGUUUCAUGAAGAUUGCUCCACAGAAAGAAUAUUGAUAUUCAUACCAGGGUUCAUUCAGCCGUUCCAGUGACGAGUUUGGUAUUCGUAAUGUGAUAGAGAUGUGAUUUCCAGCAUGUUCAAAUACCUUGAGUGCUAAACUAUUGUGGUAAUGAUCGGGAAUACUUCACUUGUUUUAAGUAACUAUUUUGAUUCCUUCCUUAUCUGAAUUUUGGAGAGCAGGGAUUGGCCUCCCGCCAAUGU